GAGGUUAUGUUAUAACUCGUAGAUGAAAAAGUUGUUAUUUUUUGUUGUACUUAAUGAUUAUUCAUGAUUUUGAAUAAAACAAAUUAACAAUGAGUGAAGAGCUAUUCAAAAUUUUUAUUAGUGAAAUUCAAAUACCAUUUGAAAGCAAAAAGUGUGCUGAAGUAGCUUAUGACGUUUUAAGAGUCGAUAAGGAGCCCAAAAGAAGUGAGGUAUCAAAACAACUCGGAGUAAGAGACAACGUAUUAACAGCGCAUUUUUCUGGCAAACUGGCGAGGCAGCUAAGAGUGUCUGUGAAUGGGUUCUUUGAAAAAUUAGAUCUCGUUGUUGGAACAAUAGACCUCCUAGGGAGGCCCGUUAGUGAAAAAUACGAUCAUUAUUAACAUGCCUGAACACACUCCGACUCCUACCCCCAGUAGGGCUGUAUAUGGAUUUGUCAUGUACCUGUUUUUUCGAUUACUUUUUAUCGCUUAUCUGAUUUGGGCAAUCGUACCAGAAAGUUAUUUUACGGCAAUAGGAAUUACAUUUUUACCUCAAAGAUGUUGGGUCUUAACCAUUCCAAUUUACUUAUUAACUGUCAUGACGUUUACCGCUUUUAUAAUUUAUCCAGGAUUAGGGCUCUUGAUGACUCCGAAUGUAGACGAUAUGAGAACAAUCAAGGAUAAAAUCGGCGAGAAAAGGAGGAAAAACGGCAUGAAUUUAAAUAUCCAGGAAAAUAUUUUUGAACGAAAAUGUAUUUGUAAUUCAAAAGAGAAUUGUAGCAAAGAUUUGUAUUUAAAAAUCGAACCUACUUUUGUCGAUAAAAGAAUUCCCGUUUUAAAGGAUUUGGAAAUUUGGGAUGUUUCUGAUCACUUACAUUUAAGUUAGAGUUCUUCAUUAUGUUAAUUUCAAUACACGCUUAAGUCAUAACAUUUUUAUUUAAUUUAUCAUAAAAUAUAUACUAAGUCUUGCAUAAGAGCAGAUACAAAACUGGACCAUAUUGGACCAAUUUUUGUUCAUAACAGUUGAUAUUUUUGAAUUGCACAAAAUAUAUAUUCAUUCAGAAACUUAACACUUUCAUUUCCUAAUUCAUUUCUUUGGCAUUUACACAGCGACAAAAUCAACUUCAUCAACAGUAUACACAUUUCUAAAAGAUCAAAUCAAUACUAUUAAGAUGUUCUGCAGGGCUCUGGAUCGUUUUCUAAGUCUUGAGAAAUUUUUCCACCCUUAAGAACAGUAUUUACCACCGCCCUUGCUAAGUAUCCAGUAGAUCUCACAUACGAUAUUUCCAGCAAGUUCGUUACACUUUCAUCUUCAAUAUUAUUGUCCUGAAAAUAAAUAUAGUUGAGAACAUUCCAAUAAAUACACCAACAAAAUAUACCUUAGCAUAUACAUGCGCGGCAUCCUUAACAAGUUGCUCCAAAUCUAACGGUUUACUGAAAGUUAAUUCAGGAUUUCUACCUAAUAUCGUAGAAACUAUAGUUAAUAACUCGACCGUUAAUUGCCUAUAAUCCGGUUGUUGGAUGUGAUUCAACAUCUACAAAAUAAACUCAAAGGUUACAUACAAAAUAUAUAUUUUUGUCAAUCCACUUACCUCUUCUACUAGUAGCGAAAAAGUUAACUCAGAUCUCGUCAUAUUGGAUAAAGUAGGCUGUUGAGGAAUCAAAUUUCCAGCUACCAUUAUACCUUCAGGUGUUCGUGUCAUUACGUCCCACACUUGAUUGUAGAAAGAAGAUGGAACCCGACAAAGGCA